AUUUGAAUGGCUUCUCUAACAAUCCAGUGAUAUUUGGCAAUGCCAUUUCAUUCAAUGCCUGAGCAACCGUCUCCGCCAAUCAUACACCCCCUUGACCGGCAUCGUGAUUCUCCCCGCCCCCCACCGGGGCACCGCCCAUGAGAUCUGCAUCACGUGCCGCCCCUAUCUGCAAGGGGUGGAGCCUCUUCGCGCACCCACGAGGUCCACGGACGGAGAUCAAUCUAUCGCUCCCCUCUCACACUUUUCACGUCCACGACAUUCCCGAAUAACGACCUCGAAACGAUAAUGACCCUCUCCACCUGAAUAGACUUCCGCCAUACGAACCCCCUUCUCUUGCCCCAUUGCGCUUCACGAAACACACCAGUAGCUACGUGCAGCAGAAGCCUCCCACUCGAUGGCGCCCACAGCCUACGAACCGGUAGUCCGGGACUCGCUCGAGCUCGCCUCGCUCGCCGACUCCGACUCGGAGCACACGCACAGCCACCGCUCGUCGCUCUCCUCGUCCGCCGGCAUCUCGUCCUCGCGCCGGCUCUCCCUCGCCUCCGACGGCGACCCCGAAUCCGCCUCCCCCUUCCGCAACCGCACCUACUCCGUCUCCUCCGCCUUCGACUUCAACACGCACCUAGUGCCGCUCACCUCCUCCGCCGACGGAGCACGCUACCAGCCGCUCGGCGCGCCCUCGGGCUCCGGCGGCGCAGGCGGCAACGGCGCCGUAGGCGGCCUCGAAAAACAAAAGACGCUGUCGUUCCUGAACGGGCUGUCGCUGCUGAUCGGGCUCCAGAUCGGCUCGGGCAUCUUCUCGAGUCCGAGCCAGGUCAACAACCAUGUGCCGUCGCCGGGGGUGUCGUUGAUCGUGUGGGCUGUUGCGGGGGUGCUCGCGUGGACCGGCGCAGCGUCGUACGCCGAGCUCGGAGGCGCGAUCCCGUUGAACGGCGGCAGUGGAGUGUACCUAAGACACUGUUUUGGCGAGAUGACGGGGUUUUUGUUCUCGUGGACCGCGGUCAUCGUGCUGAAGCCUGGCAGCGCAGCGAUCAUUGCUAUCAUCUCGGGGGAGUAUAUCAACCGCGUGCUGCUGGGGAGCUUCAGUGCGGAUAGCAACGCCGAGCUGCCGAGUAUGUGGGCUAAUAAACUCACCGCCGUGUUGUGUUUUCUACUGGUCACGGCGCUGAAUAUUAUAUCGACGAGACUCACCACGAGGUUGAGCGAUGGGAUGAUGUUUUUGAAGGUUGGGACGCUGCUGGCGAUCACGGUUAUUGGCAUUGUCGUUGCUGCCACGGGGAUCAAUGGUGACGGUAAGGGCGCGAAUACCGAGUGGAAGGAUCACGGGUGGUUCGAGUCGAGGCCGGGAGGUGUCGGUGAGCGACAGGAUGAUAUGGUCGGCGGAUUGGGGGAGUACGCGAUCGCACUGUACGCGGGAUUGUGGGCGUUCGACGGAUGGGACAAUGUCAACUAUGUCACCGGUGAGAUGCGCAACCCAACACGCGACCUCCCGCGCGUAAUCCACACCGGCAUGCCCAUCGUGAUUGUGUCUUACCUCCUCGCCAACGUCGCCUACUACUUCGUCCUCUCCGGCAGCGUGAUCGGCAGCAGCAACACCGUCGCCGUCGCCUUCGGCACCAAAGUCUUUGGCCCGAUCGGCGGCGUGAUCCUCGCCAUCGUCGUCUCGCUCUCCUGUUUCGGCGCACUCAACGCCACCACCUUCACCUCCGGCCGCCUCGUCUACGUCGCCGGAAAAGAAGGCUACCUCCCCUCGAUCUUCGGCACGCUCGGCUUCGGCCCCCCCUCCGCGCCGCGCCCCAUACGCUCCACCCCUUCCACCCUCACUACGCGCAUCCUCACCUUCCUCCGUCUCACCCCCUCAGAAGACCGCCCCGCCCCCUGGUCGCGCACGCCCGUCUACGCCAUGCUCCUGAACGCCGCAUUCACGACAUGCUACAUCCUCGUCGGCGAGUUCGGCACGCUGCUGACGUUCUACGGUGUCGCAGGGUACACGUUCUACUUCCUGACGGUGCUGGGCCUCAUCGUGCUGCGCUACCGCGAGCCGAAGCUGGAGCGCCCCUAUAGAACGUGGAUCUCGACGCCGCUUAUUUUUUGCUGCGUUAGUUUGUUUUUGAUUUCGAGGAGCGUGUUUAGUUCCCCCCUGCAGACCCUCGUGGUGUGUGCGUUCGUGGCGGCUGGUGUGCCGGUGUAUUUUUGGAGGGUGAGGGGGUGGAGGUGGGGGGCGUGGGGGAGGGCCGCCGGAGCGAGAGCGUAG